AGGCCGUUUUCCGUACAGCAGCAUGGCGGCCGCCGACGGGAGGCGGUCAUAGCAUCACGCCCGGGGGAAGAGGCCGCCGUAAAGGAAGCUCUGCUUCCUCUUCUUCCUCCUCCCGCCUCCCACCGGCUGUCGUAAAAGGGUGAAUGGAGAGCGAGUUGUGGGGGGGAAAAAGGGAGGACAGGGGGCGCGGAAUCAGAGUGGCGCAGCAAGUGGCCGCAGGUGGCGACGGUGGCGGGGGGUGGGGUGUGAGGUAAUCCAGGGGUCGCGGAAGAGGAGGCUGAGAGGGUCAAAAGAAAACUAAAGCUGCAGUCCGGCCUACUGUUCCGGGGGCCGCGGAGCCCCCACCCGGGGAGAUGGACCUCAACCGGAUCAUCCAGGCGCUGAAGGGCACCAUCGACCCGAAGUUGCGGAUUGCAGCCGAGAACGAGCUCAACCAGUCCUACAAGAUUAUCAAUUUUGCCCCCAGUUUACUUCGGAUUAUAGUCUCUGACCAUGUGGAAUUCCCAGUACGACAGGCAGAGUCUUGCUCUGUUGCCCUGGCUGCAGUGCUGUGGCAUGAUCUCAGCUCACUGCAACCUCCGCCUCCUGGGUUCAAGGAAUUUGCUGGAAUUACAGCUGCCAUUUACCUGAAGAACAUGGUGACACAAUACUGGCCAGAUCGAGAACCUCCACCAGGAGAAGCAAUAUUUCCAUUCAACAUUCACGAAAACGAUCGCCAGCAAAUACGUGAUAACAUUGUGGAAGGAAUAAUUCGGUCUCCAGAUUUAGUGAGAGUCCAAUUAACAAUGUGUCUCCGUGCCAUCAUAAAACAUGAUUUUCCUGGUCACUGGCCAGCAGUGGUCGACAAGAUAGACUAUUACUUGCAAUCACAGAGCAGUGCAAGCUGGCUUGGCAGUUUAUUAUGCCUGUAUCAACUGGUGAAGACAUAUGAAUAUAAGAAAGCAGAAGAGAGAGAACCUCUUAUAAUAGCAAUGCAGAUAUUCCUGCCUCGUAUUCAGCAACAAAUCGUGCAGCUCCUUCCUGAUUCCUCCUAUUAUUCUGUAUUACUGCAGAAGCAAAUUCUGAAAAUCUUUUAUGCACUUGUUCAGUAUGCAUUGCCUCUUCAGCUAGUGAAUAACCAAACCAUGACAACAUGGAUGGAGAUCUUCCGAACUAUUAUCGACAGGACCGUUCCUCCUGAGACUCUGCACAUUGAUGAGGAUGAUAGACCAGAACUGGUAUGGUGGAAGUGUAAGAAGUGGGCACUGCAUAUUGUAGCUCGGCUCUUUGAACGAUAUGGAAGCCCAGGAAAUGUCACAAAAGAAUACUUUGAAUUUUCUGAAUUCUUUUUGAAAACCUAUGCGGUGGGCAUUCAGCAGGUGCUACUAAAAAUUUUAGAUCAAUAUAGACAGAAAGAAUAUGUAGCUCCCCGUGUUCUCCAGCAAGCAUUCAACUAUCUCAACCAAGGGGUGGUUCAUUCUGUAACCUGGAAGCAGAUGAAGCCACACAUACAGAAUAUCUCUGAAGAUGUGAUUUUUUCUGUGAUGUGUUAUAAAGAUGAGGAUGAAGAGCUGUGGCAAGAAGAUCCAUAUGAGUAUAUAAGGAUGAAAUUUGAUAUUUUUGAAGAUUAUGCUUCUCCCACCACAGCAGCCCAGACUCUCUUAUAUACUGCUGCAAAGAAAAGAAAAGAGGUGUUGCCAAAAAUGAUGGCAUUCUGUUAUCAAAUCCUGACAGACCCGAACUUUGACCCUAGGAAGAAAGAUGGAGCCCUGCAUGUGAUUGGUUCCCUAGCUGAGAUUUUACUGAAGAAGAGUUUAUUCAAGGACCAAAUGGAGCUGUUUCUACAAAAUCAUGUAUUUCCAUUAUUAUUGUCUAACCUGGGAUAUCUUCGAGCUAGAUCUUGCUGGGUACUUCAUGCAUUUAGUUCUUUGAAGUUCCAUAAUGAGCUCAAUCUAAGAAAUGCCGUUGAAUUAGCGAAGAAGAGCCUGAUUGAAGAUAAAGAGAUGCCUGUCAAAGUUGAAGCUGCCCUUGCUCUUCAGUCUUUAAUUUCUAACCAGAUACAAGCUAAGGAAUAUAUGAAGCCACAUGUGAGGCCUAUUAUGCAGGAACUGUUGCACAUUGUUAGAGAGACAGAAAAUGAUGAUGUUACUAAUGUCAUCCAGAAGAUGAUAUGUGAAUACAGUCAAGAGGUAGCCUCAAUUGCUGUUGAUAUGACCCAACACUUGGCUGAGAUAUUUGGCAAAGUUCUUCAAAGUGAUGAAUAUGAAGAAGUUGAAGACAAAACAGUAAUGGCUAUGGGAAUUUUACAUACCAUUGAUACUAUCUUAACAGUUGUAGAAGAUCAUAAAGAGAUUACCCAGCAGUUAGAGAAUAUCUGCCUACGGAUCAUUGAUCUUGUUCUGCAGAAACAUGUAAUUGAAUUCUAUGAAGAAAUUCUUUCCCUGGCAUACAGUUUAACCUGCCACAGUAUUUCCCCUCAAAUGUGGCAGCUUCUAGGUAUACUAUAUGAAGUGUUUCAGCAGGAUUGCUUUGAAUACUUUACAGACAUGAUGCCUCUCCUGCAUAAUUAUGUGACAAUAGAUACAGAUACCUUACUAUCAAAUGCAAAACAUUUAGAAAUUCUUUUUACAAUGUGUAGGAAGGUACUAUGUGGAGAUGCAGGAGAAGAUGCAGAGUGUCAUGCAGCUAAACUUCUGGAAGUCAUCAUUCUUCAGUGCAAAGGAAGGGGAAUUGAUCAGUGCAUUCCACUCUUCGUUCAACUUGUUUUGGAGAGAUUAACUCGAGGGGUCAAAACUAGUGAGCUUCGUACUAUGUGUCUUCAGGUUGCAAUUGCUGCCUUGUACUACAACCCUGAUUUGCUGUUACAUACUUUAGAACGAAUUCAGUUGCCUCACAACCCUGGACCUAUCACUGUACAGUUUAUAAAUCAAUGGAUGAAUGAUACAGAUUGUUUUCUUGGGCAUCAUGACCGGAAGAUGUGUAUAAUAGGACUGAGUAUCCUUUUGGAAUUGCAAAAUCGACCUCCUGCAGUAGAUGCUGUGGUGGGACAGAUUGUUCCCUCAAUUCUUUUCCUUUUCCUUGGCCUAAAGCAGGUCUGUGCUACUAGACAACUGGUAAACCGGGAAGAUCGUUCAAAAGCAGAGAAAGCUGAUAUGGAAGAAAAUGAGGAGAUUUCAAGUGAUGAAGAGGAGACAAAUGUAACUGCUCAAGCAAUGCAGUCAAAUAAUGGAAGAGGUGAAGAUGAGGAGGAGGAAGAUGAUGAUUGGGAUGAAGAAGUAUUGGAAGAAACCGCGCUUGAGGGGUUCAGUACUCCACUUGACCUUGACAAUAGUGUGGAUGAAUAUCAGUUUUUUACACAAGCUCUGAUAACUGUGCAGAGUCGAGAUGCAGCCUGGUACCAGCUGCUGAUGGCACCACUCAGCGAGGAUCAGAGGACGGCACUGCAGGAGGUGUACACACUGGCAGAGCACCGACGGACGGUGGCAGAGGCAAAGAAGAAGAUUGAACAACAGGGAGGCUUCACCUUUGAAAACAAAGGAGUCCUCUCCGCAUUUAAUUUUGGGACUGUGCCCAGCAACAACUGAAGGAAAGAACAUCAGCUGACCAAAUGUCAUCGCUGCAUUUUAUUUCACAAAAGGAGUGUGAGGGUCAAGGGGAUGAAAUGAGGGGGCUGCUUUUAGGGCCCUCCUGCUGUACCAGUUACCAUCUGGCAUUAGGCAGCACUUUUAUCUACUCUUUCCCCAUUGACCUUUGUCACCCUGAAAUAUAUAUUUUAAACAGCUACUGUAAGUAUGAAAUGAAAGAAAAACAAUCAUUGGAUGGAAAAGGACAAACCAUAUGUUCCAAAGGCUGAAUGCCCAAGGUUGUUUUAGAGGAUUGGAUAGACUUGCACGUCUCAGGUUUUUGCCAUGCAGAAUCAAUGGAUUUAUGCGGAUAACAGUGCCUUCUGUUGUACAUGAAUUAUCAGAAAAAAAUUUUUGGAGUGCAUUGCAAUUUUUUUUAAAGCAUAAAACAUAUUUCUAGAUACAACAUAAACCUUGGUUAUAUGUCGACUAUUCUGCAUUUUACUCUGUGAAUUUAUUGUUAGGCAGUUACUGCAAGUCACUCUGGUUUCAAAAUCUUCACUGCUCCCUCUGCUCACCCUGCUGCUGGGGGGCUUUUUUCAGGGGUUGUAUUAUAAAAUAUGCACUGGCUCUGGUUUUUCAUAAGAUGUUUUGUGGCUUUUUAAAGAAGUGUCUUACUCCCUCUUCUCUCAUUUUUUUCUGCCUUGAAAAGGGGUGGUAUUUCUUUUGGGGUCAACAAAUACACAUAUCAAUUUCACUCCUAACCUUGUAAGUUCAGGACUCAUUUUCUUGGCAGCAAGUGGCAGGGGCUCUUUAGUCACUGGAGUUAACAGUAAGUCUGAGUAUAUUCUGAAUAAUGUAAUUAUGCAAUUAAUUGAUAAUCAUACCUAAAGCACAUUGAACUUCUAAGAGAAAGGUGCUACGUAAGCACACUGUCUUUCUGGAUGGGGACUUGUAUUUUAAAUAACUUAUCAUUCCAGCUAUGUUGGACUAGGAUCCAAAGCAUUUUAUAAUAUUUUUUUUAAUCUAGGAAAAAGACCCAAACAAAUCUAACUUCCUGCUUUCUCACCUAUUUGAAUUUUCUCCUACCUAGUUUGUUUGUGUCUUUAUUAUAGCUCAGUUUGACUUCUCAAACUUUUCAAGGGUUGGGGCAGCUGCACUUCUAGGUGGCCUAUAGGAAAUAUUGCAGAUGGAGAUUACAGUGUUUUUCUGACCUGGUUCAAGACCAGAACAUGGGUCAUAGGGUUUUUAUUCGGCAAAAUGAAAACGUAUCUUCAGAACUUAACAUAUUACUGGAUGUGAUACAGAUUUUGCUUUCUGUGAAAUUGAAAAUUCACAAAAAUUCACAGCUUAAAUUUCCCAUCAGUGACUGGAGGAAUUUUUUUCAGGUGCUUCCUGUAUUACCAUCCCUCAUGCAUAUUAACUCUUUAGAAUUUUAGGUUAAGUGAUGUCUAUAGAAGUAGCCUGGAAAACCAUGAGUUUUGGAGUUCAGUGACCCCCUGCUUUCUUCUGCCCCUCCCUUCCCAAGGCAUUGAAGCUGAAUGUGCCAACUGGCAGUUAGAAGUGAAAGAUGGCAUUGGGAGAAAUUUUAGAGAGCUUUCAAACUCUUUAUUCUCAUGUUCCACAUGGUCUAAUUUUAACAUAAAUAAUAUGCCUUCACACUGGAUUGUAAAAGGCAUGUGAUUUUUGAGAUUUUAUUUUAUGAUGUAUUGUCUUCUGCAGUAUUAAAGGGAAAGAGGUAUUAAUGUGCAUUACCCUAUCUUGUUUUUGAAGCCAGGGUAGUUGUAUGAUUUUGUUACCAGCAGUGCUAACCUGAAUGUGACCUGGUUACCUUGGAAAUGCAGGAACUUAUAUGAAUGUACUAUAAAAUAAAAUGCGGACUGAUUCCCAGGAUUCUGAA